UGAUGACACGGAGUUUCUAAAGAAACAAUUUCAAGAAUUCAUGGCUGGUCUCAUGUCUUUACCAAUUAACAUACCUGGAAGUAGACUCCACAGGUCAUUACAGGCAAAGAAGAAAAUGGUUGAAUUACUACAUAAAAUCAUCGAAGCGAAAAGGAAGAACAGAGGCAGAUCAGAAGUUGCAAAAGAUAUAGCUGAUGUUUUGCUGAAUGAUGCAAGUGAAGAGCCAAUGACGAUCUAAUUUCAGAUAAUAUGAUAGAUUUGAUGAUACCGGGCGAGGAUUCAUCAUCACUCUUCCUGUUAAAUACCUUUCAGAUUACCUGGUCGCUCUCCAACAAUUAACAGUAUGCCAUUUCUUUUCUUUUUUCUAACCAUUUUUCAUUAAUGUGAAUAUACCCCGCUCUCUCUCUUCUCUCUCUCAUGAAUCUAACUGUUUGCUAAUGUUUCUUCAACAUUGUCUUCUGGUUAGAUUUCACCAUCAGGAUCAGUUACAGAUUAAAAUACUAUUUUUCGAUAAAAUUAUUUUUACAGAAAUCAACCAAAAUGACAUGACAAUGACAUUUUUAUAAGUAAAAGUCACCUUGACGGAUUUUUUAUUUUAAAGUGAUAGGCUCACAACUCAACACGUUA